AUGUCAGCCUCAGCGAAGGACGAACACACCGCUGAGACGGAGAAGAUGGGCGAAUCUGAUUCAGACAGCUCCUCCGUCCAUUCGCUCCCUGUUCCCAUUGCCACGAUCCAACCUGACCUCGAGAAGACGGCAAGCAAAGCGUCGCACCGAACCUCGAGAAGUGGCCGCUCCAACCAUGUCCCAACAACAGCGCAGGACUGGGAUGGUGAAGACGACCCAGAUAAUCCCCUGAAUUGGCCCUUGCCCAUCAAAAUCUACCAUACUCUGGUCCCUGCACUGCAAUGCUUCACCAUUACUUUUGGCUCCUCGGUGUAUACUCCCAGCGUACCAGAGGUGGCUCGCCACUUUGGCGUUAGCACUACAGCCGCAUUAGUCCCUCUGACUGUCUACGUGAUGGGUCUGGGAUUCGGCCCAGUCCUCAGUGCUCCCCUCUCAGAAACCUACGGACGCCGCGCAGUCUACUGGUGCUUCUUCCCGCCGUCUCUCCUCUUGUCUCUCGGCGCCGGUCUCUCGAAAUCAUACGCAUCCCUCGUCAUCUGUCGCCUCUUUGCGGGUCUGUUGGGCUCAGGCUGUCUGGCCGUUGGGGCCGGCACCAAUUCUGACCUAUUCUCCCAUCUUCACCGCGCCGUUGCCAGCGCGGUGUUUUUGCUGGCACCGUUCUUGGGCCCUGCAUUAGGACCUACGUUGGGUGGAUUUGUUACUAUGAAGAAAGGCUGGCGUUGGACACAAUGGCUGAUCCUUUUCUGGGGAGUCAUCGCCUACGCCAUCUCACUCCCUCAGAGAGAAACGUACAAGAAAAUCAUCCUGAAGAAGCGAGCACAGAAACUUGGCCUCCCGCCUCCGCCGAACCCACUGCCACCUGGCAUGUCGAAACUUCGGUUCGUUUUGGUCGUCACGAUUAUGAGGCCGCUGACGAUGCUCUUCACCGAAUCCAUAGUCGCGUUCUUCAGCGCCUACACCGCCUUCAACUUCAGUGUCCUAUUCGGAUUCUUUGCCGCCUUUCCCGUCGUGUUCCAGUCGCCUUACCCCGAGAUUCAGGUCUACCACUUCAACACCGGUGAAUCGGGUCUGGUGUUCUUGGGAAUAGGUCUAGGUUCCGUAUUGGCGACCUUCAUUUUCAUUUUCAUCGACCGCCUGAUAUACCGGAAGAAAACGCUCAAGAGAAGAUCGCAAGGAGAUUUCACACCCUUGCCCCCGGAGGAAAGACUCUGGGCUGCAAUGCUUGGCUCCUUUCUCCUGCCGGUCGGACUGUUCUGGUUUGCGUGGACCGCUAAGAAGGAGAUACAUUGGAUCUCGCCAAUCAUUGCAACCAUUCCGUUUGGUAUCGGCAAUCUUCUGGUUUUCUGCUCCUGCGUCUUGUAUCUCAUCGACACGUACGGCCCGUUGACGGGUGCCAGUGCCGCCGCGGCAAAUGGAUUCUUGAGAUACGUGAUUGGCGCGGUGUUUCCCCUAUUUACAGUGCAGAUGUAUCGCGGCAUGGGCGUCGCUUGGGCGACCAGCCUAUUGGGAUUUGUCACCAUCGCUUUGCUGCCCAUCCCUUGGGUCCUAUACAAAUAUGGUCCAAGAAUCCGACAGCGAAGCGCGUAUACGUUGGUGUCAUGAAUUUGACCUCUGCAGGUCGACCAAUUUGCAGACGAUCGCAAACGUUGUGGAUUCUUCUUUUGCACAUGGAUUUUCCUUUCACUUAUUGGAGGAGUCCACUCUGACGCUCAGUCACCGGCGAAGAGUGGCAAGCAAGGUCCAUUGCAGUCAUUCGGCAUCAUUUCACUGUGGCGCG